GCUUCGCAUCCUUCACAAGGCGGGACACCGAAGUGACUUGUACAAUAUGCAAAACAAAAACCGAACCGAACUCUUUUGGACCCGAGAUUCUGAGCCCAGUUCUCCAAUACAAAACCCGGCCCACUGCAAAACCAAAACCCCAAAACACAUUCCCGCGCUUCCCACUGUGAGCAGUACCACCAUAUGGAACCCUGGGAAGAAGCUCUCGACGUAGACGACGACGUUUCGGAGCUCCCCUCUUUCUCUCUUCGCCCUUGCAACCACUCUUCGUCUCCUUCCCUAAACCCCCAACCCAAACCCUCCUCUCCAUCUCCGGCCCUCAUUCCGGGCCCCGCCGGCGCCGUUCAGGCCGCGAUGCACCGCCGCUCCCAGACCUCCUCCUCCUCCGACGAGCCGAUUCCGACGCAGGAGUUCAUAAGGAGAGUCUUCGAGAACGGCGACGAGGAAGACGACGAUUUCUUCGCCGAUUCUUGGCUCCGCGCUCUCGAUUCAGAAGGCGGUGGCGGCCCUCGGACCCCUUUGGGUUCGAUCAAGAAGGGGCUUGGCACUCACAGAGUAGCUAAGGUUGUUGCUAUGAUCAAAUCUUGCACCCCAAAUGGUCUUGGUGAUCUCAUGUUGACUUUGAAGGAUCCUACAGGUACAAUUGGUGCUACCAUCCACUGCAAAGCCCUUUCUGAGGGAGAGUUUGGGAAGAGCAUUUCUGUGGGUGCGGUUUUGGUUCUGCAGAAGGUUGCUGUGUUUUCCCCCUCACACACUGCAUGUUAUCUUAAUGUGACGGUGAGCAACAUUGUCAAGGUCAUUUCCAAGGAUAGUGGGCCUCUUGCCACAAAAGAUUUUCCAAUUUCGUCAGUUAAUACUCCUGCUCUCAUCAGUGCAGAAAGUAGUAAAAUGUUACGGAUGCCACAAGAAAAACUCCUCCCAUCAGAAGAAAGUACUCAGCGAAUCAUGGAAGGUCUGAGACAAAAUUCCAAGGUGAUUGGGAGUGAAAAUAUUGAGAAGCAUAUGGAAACUGGCCACGCGGCACCAGGAAGGAUUUUCUCUGCUCACGUGCACUCUGGAAGCCAAUUUGCUGCUGUAGAGAUAGAGCCUUCAUUGGUGGAAAAGGCUAUGCGUAAUGGAAUCACUAAAAUGUCUGUUAGAGAGGACAUUAUUGAUACAGAACAAGUAACUGGGGUUGCUGAGGAGCUCAGAAUGGCUGAAGAGGACAAUUCAUCAAGCAUCAUCCAACCCAUUAGUGGUUCAGCAAACUCGACUGAGAUUCCUGAUAAUCCUGGGAGAAUAACAGGAGCAAAAAGGCCAAGGCAGCCACUGAGCUUAACAACUGCGCUCCCAGACUAUACAGAAGAACAACUAAAUCUGUUUGACUUUCUUAUGAAAGCUGUUACUUGGAUCGGAAGAAAGAGAGAUGGAGUGGAGACCGAUAAUCUUGACGGAGCCGGAGGCCAUGGACGUGUAAUUGGGGUGAAGAUCGAUCUAGACGAAGUUUCUCGCGCAAGGGCCAUCGAGGCCAUCGAUUCGUUCCUCAAACAAUACGAGGAAUGUUUUUGGUCAGUAGUGAUUGCCGAGAUCAGCACAGCGAUCAGAGAAGAGCUCCUAAAAUCUAGGAAUGUGAUCGAUGUCGAGUUGGUUGUUGAGUAUCUUUCAAACGGCGGCGUUGAGAAGAAGGAGGAGGAAAGUUUGGAGGAGGAGGAGGAGGGAUUGGAGGAGGAAGAUGUGGAAGACGAGGAGGACUCGGAGGGAUCGGGGGAGGAGUUGGAAGAUGAAGAAGAUUCGGAUCAGGAGUCGGAAGAGGAAACGGAUGAGGAUUCCGAUGAUGAUGAUGUGGAGGUGGUGGCGGAGGGGAAAACGGAGGCGGUGGUGGCUUAUGAGGAGGAGGAGAUAUAUGCAAAGGAUCACAUUCCAAUUAUUGCAUCCGUCUUUGAGCAUCAUUUCGGCAUGCUAUUGAGCGAGCCAUGCAUUAUGACAUCAAACAAUAAUUCAGACCCCUUAAAAGCAUCCCUUCUCAUCAGAAGUUCAGAACUGCUGUGCAAAUUGUCAACUAUUGUUGCUAUGAUCAAAUCUUGCACCCCAAAUUGUCUUGCUAUGAUCAUUUUGAAGGUACAAUUAGUGCCACCAUCCACCGCAAAGCCCUUUCAGUUUGGGAAGAGCAUCUUUGUGGGUGCAGUUUUUGUUCUGCAGAAGGUCAUUUCCAAGGACAGUGGACCUCUUGCCACACAAGAUUUUCCAAUUUCAUCAGUUAACAUUCCUGCUCCCAUCAGUGGAAAGUACUCAGCGAAUCAUGAAACAUCUGAGAAGCAUAUGGAAACUGGCCACACGGCACGAGGAAGGAUUGUCUCUGCUCACGUGCACUCUGGAGGCCAAUUUGCUGCUGUAGAGAUAGAGCCUUCAUUGGUGGAAAAGGCUAUGCCUAAUGGAAUCACUAAAAUGUCAGUUAGAGAGGACAUUACUGAUACGGAACAAGUAACUGGGGUUGCUGAGGAUCUCAGAAUGGCUGAAGAGGACAAUUCAUCAAGCAUCAGCCAACCCAUUAGUGGUUCAGCCAACUCGACUGAGAUUCCUGAUAAUCAUGGGAGAAUAACAGGAGCGAAAAGGCCAAGGCAGCCACUGAGCUUAACAACUUCACUCCCAGACUAUACAGAAGAACAACUAGAUCUGUUUGAUUUUGACUGAGGCUUACCUUGAUACUCGAUUGCUUAGAAUCAU